UUCUACACAAUAGACGAUAUACAAUACACUUAUGUCUGUAUGUUGGACGUUAAAAAAAUGUAAUUUUCUGUGAAUAAUUAUCAAUUUUAAAGACAUUGCGUGACUUUAUCGGCAUUUGGAGUUGGAAUUUGCUACUCUGUCCUACGUUUUCCUUUCAUUUGAGUUCCUUUAGCGGAGAAUUUACGUAAAAUAUGCAGAUGAUAUGGUAGGGAUAUAUCCACACAAUGUGAUUUUCAUAAAAUAGGUGCAAUCGGUACUCAUUAAACGGCGCAGCAAGGAUGUAAACAUCGGCAUCAAAACACACAUCGAUUCUACUAUGCAUAUGCGCUUCGAUUUUAAGGGAUGUUUUCGAGGACGUCCGCGCCCGCUGUAAACAAAAGCAGCGAGAGCGUGAGACUUCACUAUUUCCUCGUAUUAGUUCGCAGUGAAUUGUACAGCGUUUUCGUUUCGUCCGAAGCCAUGGCAGACACAGCAACCACAACCCCAGUCAAGAAGAAGGUUACUAAGCCUAAGGUACCUGCAGCACACCCCAAGUACGUUGACAUGAUCAGGGCCGCCUUGGAAUCCCUGAAAGAGCGUGGUGGAUCUUCCAGACAGGCCAUUCUGAAGUACAUAAUGGCCAACUUUAAAGUGGGAAACGACGUCAACCCCAUUAAUGUCCACCUUAAAAUGGCACUCAAGAACGGAGUGAAGAAAGGCGCUCUGAAACAAGCCAAAGGAACAGGCGCCACUGGCUCUUUCAAGUUAGGAGACAAGCCAAAGACAGAGAAAAAACCAAAGGCGAAGAAAGUCACCAAACCCAAGGCAGCCAAACCAAAGAAGGCCACAGCUGUUAAGCCCAGGAAGGCGGCAGGGGAGAAAAAGACUGCUGAGAAGAAGAAGUCCCCCAAGAAAGCAGCUGGACCUAAGAAAGUUAAGACACCCAAGAAGAAGACGGCAGCCAAAUCCCCUAAGAAGGCAGCAGCCAAGCCAAAGAAGGCCAAGACUCCGAAAAAAGCAGCAGCAGCCAAGCCAAAGAAAGCCAAGACUCCCAAGAAGACAGCAGCUAAAAAAUAAGCAAUCAUAGCAUCAUUGCAGAUUGCAAACCUUCAACAAAAGCCCUUUUCAGGGCUACCAAUAUUUUUCGAAAAGAUGUCUUAAUUACAAAUGCAAGUUGCAAAGAAACAUGCAAGUACAAUGAAUUCAUAUACACUUUAUACAGGUACAUUAAGCCCCUUCUAGUUUUUCUGUGAUAAUGUGUUAUUACAUAUCAUUAAUUCAUAUCUGACUAUGGUAUGGUUCAGAAGGGGGGGGGGGGGCAUUAACAACACAAACUCACAAAUAAGAUAUUAAAAAGGAGAUAUAAGCAAAUUGUAAAUGAGUAACAUGGCAAGGGUUUGUAAUGCAAGGUGCAUGCUUUUUUCAUAAUGUUCACGGCUACAGACCAGAGUAUGAAUAGUCGAGUAGUAAAAUUUACAGGAGUAGUAAUGAAGAUUUGAAAGAAAAAUUAUGGGUGGGGGGUGAGAUGAGAGAAAAAACAAACACCAAACAUAGCUAUGAAUGUGUGUUUUUUUUUUUAUUUUGCUCCUGCAACUAACUGCAUGAUAUUGAUU